GAGAUGACGUUGACGUCGAGAAGAAGAAGACCAAGAAGAAACGUCUCACCAAAUAGCAACUCGAAGAUCGUCGUGCAACCGUUGUGAGUUAUAUGCCUUGAAGCAAGCCAUCCGACUCAUGAAGAUCGUUGAUGACUCUGCUUAUUAUGGCUCCACAGGACUUGAGACUACAACCUGGCGAUGUCUUGAAAGUCAACUUCAAUCCAGAAAAUCCAAUUCUCAAGGAAGAUUGGAACCUCACCGUGUGCGAGUCAUUUGACUGGUCAUACCAAGGAGAAUCCGUUGGUAUCCUCAAGCGCUCUUUGGUCCCGCUUGAUGAUGGUGCUAUCAAAGAGGAAAAGAGAGCUUACAGACAUCUUGUCGGCACUAUUAUACCAGCUGUUGAUGGAAACAUGGAUUCAGAGCCCUUCUUGAGAGUGCUCGUCCGGUCUCUACGCUGGUCUCAGUAUGGAGAGAAUGUAAAAGAUCAACUCGAUUUAAUUGAGCACCUUGGGAACACACCAGUCAACGAGCAACGCAAGGCCGUUGGCAUCGUCGAAGGUUUCCCAGGUGUUGGCAAGACAGCUUUCUUGGCCUAUGUUGUUGUGUGCAUGCUGGCUCAACGCCCUCAAGCUCCCAUUGGUUGUAUCUCCGCUGCAAAUCAACCAACAGACAUUCUUGCCAAGGCUAUCGAACAUGCAAUUGAAGUUACUUGCAACAGACAGCCAGAUCUUGCACCUCUUCUCCGUCGGGCUCCAAAUGAUUUGAUAAUUCAGGAUGUUGAUGAUGAUGGUGGUGCUGACAAUACUGCCGUGUUUCGGCUUUGGUCAUUAAUGAGGGAAAAGCGCCUGCCAAUAAUCCAGACACCGAGGACGAAGAAGAAGAAGAAGCGUCUCACCAAAAGACAACGACAAGAUCGCGAAAAAGACAACAACGCUUUACCCGUCACCGAGGAAGGGUACGAAGGUGAUUUUUCACAACUCAUUCUCAAGAAUGCACUCCUCUCCGAUGGUUCCUUCAAUUUAGCCGAUCCCCAUACCAAGGCAUUGUUUACCAAUGAUACAGUACUUGAUAUGGCCGCAUCAAUCAAUAGACAACUUGCUCCUGGUGUCCAUGGUGUCAAAGAUACCAGAUUCCGUGUGCCAGAGAUGAGCUCUGCCUACAAGGUACUUGAAGCUUUCCUGUCACAUGAUGGAUCGUUCCAAGCCGCUGCACUUAGGUACAAGCAGUACCCUGAAGAGGGAAAGACCAUGACUCAUGAAGAUGUCCGUGAAUUGUUGAAGAAAGCAGUACUCUGGAGAGGGAAAGACCAUGGCUCAUGAAGAUGUCCGUGAAUUGUUGAAGGAAGCAGUACUCUGAAGAGGGAAAGGCCAUGGCUCAUGAAGAUGUCCGUGAAUCGUUGAAGGAUUUGUUGCCAAAGGCAAUCAAGUCAGCUAGAGGAAACGUAAAGGUCGUCCUGACAACACCAUCACAAACUGUUACCACCAAGCAGUUUACUCCUCAAGCUCCUCUUCUGCAAGGUUCCUAGGGAUGGUCUCGUCAAAGAUUCCAUGAUGUGGUUGCUAACGCACUCAAAAUUGUUUCCCCAGAAAAUUAGUUUAUAAUAAAUAGUCAAUGGAAUUAUUCGGUCCUUGUAAUUCUUUA